AUGUACCGAACUGUUGUAAUUGCCGGGGAGUUUGAGCAGUGGUGCAUAGCUGAUGAGCAAACCCCAGACGAUGAGUUGAAGGCAGCCAUGGACUGGGCUUGUGGGAGCGGCGGUGCAGAUUGCAGUAAGAUUCAGAUGAAUCAGGCUUGUUGUUUUCCCAACACCAUGAGAAACCAUGCUUCCUAUGCAUUCAAUGAUUACUUCCAGAAGUUCAAACACAAGGGCGGAUCUUGCAACUUCAGAGGAGCUGCCAUGAUUACAGAACUCGAUCCCAGUUACGAAAAUUGCCGAUAUGAGUUCAUUUCUUGAUCAAGAAGCAAUUGCUUAUGAGUUAUGGUUGAAGCGAUCCAAAUCAGAUUCAGAUGUUGGUCUUUCUAGUUUU